CUUUUCCUCCUUGUGUAGAAACACCGGUCUACCUGCCCUGAGGAAAAAGAGAGAUGCUCCAACCAUAACUGUGAUGAACGUGUGAAGAGAUCCGAUCUUCAGCGGCACCAGGAACUCGAGUGUCUCUAUCGCACCCAGCGGUGCCCCUUGUGCGAUGAUCUUAUGAGUGCUGCUGUUCUUAAGACUCAUCAAGUACAGGAUUGCAAAAAGUAUCCCAUUCAAUGUCGCGGAUGUGGCAAAGAAGGAAUUCUACGGGAAGAGAUGGAGAGCCAUGUUAACCCAAUUCAUGGUGACUGUGAGGCAGUUGAGAGGACCUGUGCAUUUCAACAGAUUGGUUGCAGCAACAACAAGCAGAAAAUGAAGCAACCCGAGGUCAAGAAACAUAAUGAGCUGAGUGCGAUUUUGCACAUCAAUCUUCUGCUGACCUAUGUCCUUCGGCUCGAGGAGCAAGUGCAGAGUCAGCUCUCUAUGAGUGAUUCAUGGGGUGGUGGCUCCUCUGAUCAGUGGAUAAGGCGAUCCGAGAUGACCAUUGCUAACGCCAUAUCCAGCAUAGACACAGUGGUACAAGAGCAAACCGAUUUGCGACAAAAGCUAGAAGAUAACUCUAGGAGACUGGUUUCGAUUGAAAAAAGAGUUUCAACCCAUAGAGACCAGUUACCACAAUCGGCAGUUUUCUCUUCGUUACAACCACACCCCAUGUCGGACGAGAUUUCCCGACGUCUCACAAAUGCCGAAAAUGGCACCAAUAACAUCGAGUUCUUGGUAAACGAAACAAGGCGAGAGUUGACCGAAGUGAGACAAGAAGUAUCGUCCAUUAAACGCCAAAUGGACGGUGCAGUGGACAGUAUUAGACGACUCGAACGAAGAAUGGAGUCUGUCGAACACAAUUUGGCGCUCAGAAAUGUUGCUUUGUCGGACAUCGAAGAACACGUCCAGCAGCAGCAAGUCUCUACAUAUAAUGGGAUCUUACUCUGGAAAAUAUCGGAUUUUGCACGGAAGAGAAAUGAGGCGAUAAAUGGGCGACAGGUGUCAAUGUAUAGCCCGUGCUUUUACACCGGUCAGCAUGGUUACAAGAUGUGCGCACGACUUUACUUGAAUGGCGAUGGAAUGGGUAAAGGAACUCAUCUUUCGCUGUUCUUUGUUGUCAUGCGUGGAGACUACGAUGCGUUACUCCGCUGGCCAUUCAGACAGAAGGUGACCUUCAUGUUGUUGGAUCAGGAUAACGUAGAGCACGUGGUCGAUGCUUUCAGACCCGAUCCAAACAGCUCAUCUUUCCAAAGGCCGCGAAGGGAAUCAAACAUCGCCAGUGGGUGUCCAAUGUUUUGUUCUCUAUCGGAGUUCAAUAACCACGCCUAUGUAAGGGACGAUGCUAUGUUCCUGAAGGUUAUUGUGGAUACUACAGAUCUCUAAAGAAGUCAGGGCUUUGAGUAAGGCCUAGAUAUCUAAGAAAUCUUCAAAUAUUUCGUCAAUUUCACGAAAAGGUUGAUAGUUUUCGUGAGACUGCUCAGUGAGAAAAAAAAGUAGCAAAAAUACUAUUUCAUAACAUUUUACAAAUUUUGCAUGAUAAUAGCUGUCAUAUUAAGUGUAAUGCCCUUGUAGUUCAUAUCAUUCAGUAGUUAGAAGAAUGACUUGAAAACCAUAAAGUAUUCUUCUACCUGACCUUAGCAUGCAAAAGGUAGAUAUUAGUCCAGAAAGAAACGUAGCGAAAAUGCAAGUGCGUAACUUUGCAAACUGUCUUGCAAACAUUCGUUUGAGAACCACUUUCGCGUUGGCCCCCUUUUGACAUUCUACAGAGCCUCUUAUAGUCUUAGCUAGACUGAAAUAUAGGACUGUGUUGAAUUGCAUGAAAACUCUACAGGAAGGCUUACAUCAACACAAAUCGAGUCGUAUUUUAUACGGCACCAACAGUGCGGGAUUCUAUUUUGUACAUGCCCUCUAGAAUUUUAACUAGCAUUUCCCUAAUCACAUAUUUUACGAAAGCAUUUAUCGAGCUCUGCUGCAGAGAGAAAAAAAUUAACACCAGAAGCCAUGAAAAAUACACCUCGUGGGUUCGAAGUGAGCCUGUGUUAUAAGAUGAUUGUGAAGCACCAAGUAAUUUAGGGGUUAUCUAUAAUGACUCGAAAAUAGUUAAUAUUCUACAGCAUUUUUGCACAGCCAAGGGGUGGCUGACUUUAGCUUAACUCGCCAGUAAUUUUAGCAGACUCCUAGACUGCGAACUCUGCAUGUAAAUUACAGCCUCGAUUAAUUUCACUGAACAAUUCCGUUUCUCGAUUUUAUUUUUCACCAUAUUAACUACCUGUAAAAUUAUUCUAUAAUAGUUAGAGUACGUACGUUUGGGUACAAGAUGGCUGGUAGCUGAUACAAAAUUUGUUUGUUGGAAUC